UCAUUGCGUACAUUUGAUAUAUCACAUAAAUUUUACAUUUUGCUCUUUAGAUAUUAUUUAUUUAGUGAUUUUGUUUGUGUUUAUAUGAAUUAUUGAGCAUUAAGUUUGCGAAUAUCUGUAUUCUUGCGCCGAGAAGCAAUAUUUACCGGCAGUUCGUUAACAAGAGAAUGGUGAAAUGUCUAACGAAGAGCGUUUGAAGUCACUCUUAGCGGAUCUGGGAAAGGCUACGUUGCGCGGGGUACGCAAAUGUCCAAAGUGUGGAACUUACAAUGGUUCUAGAGGUCUCUGCUGUAAAAAUAAAUACUGCGAUGCGGUAUUCAAGGAACCUGGAGAAAAAAGGAAAUUAUCCACCGAAGCUUGCAAGCUAAUUACUGGGUCAAGUGCCCAAGUCUUUUCAGUAAGAGUUCGUGACAAAGGUCCGGAUUAUCGAGGCUUUGUUCAAUUACCGUUAAUUAAUGCUUCCAACGAAAUUUCGAGUCUUAUUACUCAAACUACUGCACUCUGCUUCGUCGACAGUUGCGAGAGAAGUUUUGAUACGAGUGUUCUUAAAUGCCACGAAAAAGAUAAUGUAACUGAUUCAGUGUCGAGUUGUCAACAUAUACAGGCAGCAUUUCGUUGUUAUGCGGAAGCGCAGCCUUUAACUCUGAAAAAUUCGAUAUUGUUAUCUCUAAAUGUAAAUAAUGAAAUGAAACAAGAAAUCUGGUUAUUAGCGACAGAAACAUCCGGGCCUUUGGUUCAGAGAGUUUCAAAGCAUAUUAUGGCGGUUAAGUGUAAAGCAACACCCAAGCAUCCUUUGGGUUAUUUACAUUUUUCGUUCUUUAACACCAAGUUGAAAGACCGAGUCGAGCAUCGAUUUUUUUGCAGCUGUACUGCUUUUAAAGCAUCGAAAUCAAUGACAGAUAAAACCGACUCUUCUAACUCGACACAGAACAAACGUUGCGUUCACUUUUAUGCUUGUAUUUGUGCUUUCGCAAGCGAGGAAAAGCUGUCGGAAGAGUUCGAAUAUUAUAUCAAUCUGGACCAAACAGAAUUAAUUAUACCAAGGUCGCUUAUCUCGAAUUUUGGGACUGAUGAAACCGAUAAAUUGAUCAGCUUGGAUUUCGAGAGUCUGUCAGAUGAUACUCAAUUGCUAAUAUUCCGAGACGAUACAAUAACAGUUCAUAAUUUAGGAGGCGAUUUGGACACUGUAAACUUAGACACAGCCAUUUUAUCGAACAAUUUGGUCGAGAACAUUAAAGUUCAAUGUGAUCAAAAUUUACUCGACGAUGCCAGCAUCAUUUCACAGGUACAUAAUUUGGAGGUGAUCGACCAGAAUGCCGUCUUUGAUGGCAGCACGGUAAAAAUCAUCAGCGAUCAAGAACUUUUAAAUAAAUUUGACGAUGUAAAUAACGGCCAGUGUAUUUUAAACGGCGACUUGGAAGUAAUCAACCCUAACUCUGUUAAAAUCCUCGACACAAACAUUGUUCUCGACGCGAACAGUGUCGAAUUGCUAAAUCGAAAUUCAAUCGGCGAUAAUAACACUACAAGAAUUAUCGAGAAAAAUACAGUGAUGCAGUCCAACUCUAAACUUCAGAACACUAACGCCCCCGUUGCAAAUUCCGCGAAAAGAAAAAGAGACGAUAAAUUUCCAGUCAGCUCGAAUUCAUUCAGCUCUAAUAAUUUGAAUUUGGUUGAAUUAAGGAAAGCAAAAACGAAGUUAGCGAAUGUCAAGAAAUAUUUCAACUCAAAUGAAUGCGUCAACGAGUAUUCCACUAAUCACUCCUUCUUAAAUUGGCUUGCUUCGAUCACUGAAAGGAUCAAUCAAACGAUGCAUUUUCAAUUCGAUGGGAAACCGGAUCCUCUCGUUUUUCACGUUCCUCAAGCUUUCUUCGAGUGUCUUCGAGAAAGGAUAUCUUGUGGCGCUAAAAAGAAACGCCUGCCAAAUUCGACCACUGCUUUUGUCAGAAAAGAUGGAGUUCCUCUCGGUACUUUUACAAAAUAUACGUGGCAGAUAACGAAUAUUCUCCAUGUGAAAAGCAUUUUUGAUACUCCCUUGAUCCUACUGGAAAUUACGAGGAGUUUCAUUCAAAACGCGGAUGGAAGUUACGAGUUGUAUAAACGAGAGGAAACUGAGAUUGAUCGGUUUAAAAAGACGAUGAACAAAGCACUCAUCAAACCCCAGGAACUGAAAACUUUUUUGAAAGUCGGUCACACGUCUCUGAGUCAAGCAGAACCAACACCGUUUAUGAUAGAAUGGAUACCAGAUAUCCUACCAAUUUCAAAAAUUGGAGAACUCAGGAUAAGAUUUGAGUUUGGUCAUGUAAAGAAUGAAUCACCUCAACGGUGUAAAAGAACAUAAAUGGUGAAAAAGGAUUGAAAUAUUAAAGCUGAAAUUAUUUAUUAAUAUAGUCUACGUUUAACGUGCAUUUAAACAAAAAUUGCAUAACCGUAAAAGCUUAGCUGUCGAAGCUAAUUACUGACUCGUUUCGAUUCUUAUCCAAAAAUGAGAGCAUCAGCAAACUAGCUUUGUAAUUCUCUAGAUCCAGACAAUUUAUGUAAAUAAUAUCUAUAAAUUGGAUUUUAUUAUUUUAAGCUAUGAACUAUCUAACAGUAAAAAAAACUACGCAGAAAUUAAUGUACAAAUAUAUUUAUUCAAGUAACGAACCUUUAAUUCGGCCUAAUAAAGUCACUUUUUUAAAGUGCUUUGAUUAAGUA